AUGUUAAAAACGCAUAUAUAUGAAAAACGCAAAUAUGGGAAAAACGAAAAUAUGGGAAAAACGAAAAUAUGGGAAAAACGAAAAUAUGGGAAAAACGAAAAUAUGGGAAAAACGAAAAUAUGGGAAAAACGAGAAUAUGGGAAAAACGAGAAUAUGGGAAAAACGAGAAUAUGGGGAAAACGAGAAUAUGGGGAAAACGAGAAUAUGGGGAAAACGAGAAUAUGGGGAAAACGAGAAUAUGGGGAAAACGAGAAUAUGGGAAAAGGGAAAAUCACAAAUAUGGUAAAAACGAAAAUAAGGGAAAAACGAAAAAUUAGGAAAAACGCAAUAAUGGCAAAAAAGCAAAUAAGGGAAUAA